GUGGCGUCUCUCUCUCUCUCUCUCUCUCUCUCUCUCUCAGAGUUUGGAGUUGAGUCAGAGUAGAGAUCCGGUUCUAAAAGCCAACCUGAGCAUACAAGAAACUAUCCUGCAUUUUGCUUUCAAAAAAAGCCCUCAUUUAUCCUGGACCUAAGUUUCAGCUGUGGUGUCUAUCUAUCUCCAGCUGAACAACCAUGGCGAAGACGUCUCUCCCUGGAGCUGUGAGGAGAUACGUUUGAUCUUUUGCAGCUAGGACAAAUACUAAAGAGGAGAAGGAAAAGAAAACGAAUAAUAAUAAUAAUCGUACGAAGGACACCAAGAACUUCUUCUCCAGCACGGAUUUUUGAACUGGAAGAUAUAAUCCUAAUACGCGAUGCGUGAAACGGCCGGGUGUAUCUCCAGCUGCUGGACUUGUGAUAUCCUGAAGACGUGCCUCCACUUAUCCAGAGAUGGAAGAAGGCUACGAACUUGACCUGACCUAUGUGACGGAGCGCAUCAUCGCAGUGUCCUUCCCGCAGGCCUGCACUGAGGAGACUUACCUGCACAACCUGAAGGACGUCACACGCAUGCUCAAGUCCAAACAUGCCGAUAACUAUUUGGUGAUCAACCUGUCAGAGAAGAAACAUGACCUGACCAAGAUGAACCCUAAGACUUUAGACACGGGCUGGCCGGACCUGCAUGCUCCUCCUCUGGAUAAGAUCUGCACCAUCUGUAAGGCCAUGGAGAACUGGCUGAACAAUGACCCACUGCACGUGGUGGUCAUCCACUGCAGGGGAGGUAAAGGCAGGAUCGGAGUGAUCAUCUCUUCCUUCGUCCACUUCACGGACAUCUCCGCCAGCGCGGAUCAGGCACUGGAUCGCUUUGCCAUGAGAAAAUUCUAUGAUGAUAAAGUCUCUGCUCUGAUGACGCCCUCACAGAAAAGAUACGUAUGGAUCCUGACCAGUCUGCUCAGUGGCUCCAUGAAGAUGAACACCUCUCCGCUCUUCCUGCACUGUAUCAUCCUUCACGGCAUUCCCAACUUCGACAACUCCGGAGUCUGUCGUCCCUUCAUAAAGGUGUAUCAGGGCAUGCAGGCCGUCUACGCCUCCGGAGUUUAUCACAUCGGACCAGGCCACAGACACAAGGUGUGCAUCGCCCUUGAGCCGGCUCAGCUAAUGAAAGGAGACAUAAUGGUGAAGUGUUUCCAUAAAAGCAGUCCAUCUCAGCGGGAUCUGGUGUUCAGGCUGCAGUUCCACACCGGAGCCGUGCAGGGAUACAGCCUGAUGUUCGAGAAGGAGGACAUGGAGCAUGCCAACAAAGAUCCCAGAUUUCCGGAUUAUGGCAAAGUGGAGCUGGUGUUCUCUGAAGGCCCUGAGAGGAGCCAAGGUGCUGAUCUUUGGCAAAAUGGUGCUGAUGUGUCGGUGGACUACAGCUCAACAGACUCGCUCACCAGAUGGGACUCAUACCAGGACGUCUGCAAUGGGGAAGCUCCUUCCUUGCAGCCCCCGAUCGCAACCCUGGAUAAAUUCUCACCUAAACGAAGCCAGGGCAGCACAGUCAUCCUAAGCAGGUCCAACCGCACCACGUCAGUCACCUCCAGCCCCGAACAUAGUGACCACGCUCUUUCAGCCAGCAGCGACUCCGGUCUCUCAAGUGCUUCCCUUUGGACUGAGCGCUGCCCUGUGUCUGGUGGAAAGUCCUCUGGGCCUAGUGAGCAGGAGAAGGCAGACCUGAAUCGCCUGCUGAGUGGAUUUGGGCUCGAUGAACCUCGGACAGAUGAUGGAAUGGAGCUGACCUCAGCCUCUCAGGGAGUCCUCCAUCACCCAGUGCAGGUCCAUAUAAACGGCAACUCCCGGCCGAAAGAGCGAGAAACGGACAUCCUGGAUGACGAGGUUCUGAUGUCGGGCCAUGACCUGCGUAGUGUGGACAGUCUGGGGACUCUCUCGUCAUCAUACCACAAGAGCAGCCAAAACUCUUUGCUGUCUGACGGCUUCUGCAGCCCUGGAGUGAUUGAGGAUAUCCCACAUCAUGGCCCAGCUGCCAUGGAAGAAUAUGAGCGAGCAUAUGCUGAGACUCGGAGAAACUGCCUUGCCAAGAGAACUGUCUCUGUUCCCAUCACCACCACUUCCAGCACAGCUUCCAGAGGGCAGCAAUUCCGGCAGGGCAACUACUCCACUCAGACCUGGGUCCGCCAGCAGCAAAUGGUAGCUGCCCCACACUACUCCUACCUGCCUGAGGAAAGUGGAGUGGAAGAGAACUUCCAUGGGGACAGGCAAGAGAUUUCACCCAAAGGGAUCAUUAGUGAUCAAAACCAUGCUGCUCUGAACCCAACAGUAUCUCCAAGCCAGGAGAAAAAUCACGACGAGGAGUUUAACUCUCUUACAGUGGACAUCGACAACUCCAUCGAUCAGCUUAACCAGCUGAUCCUGGACCUGGACCCUACAUUUGUGCCCAUCCCAACACGGACCAGUUCGUUUCAAAGAAAUGGAGGGUCAACAACUGGGACUACUACGUGUAACAACAAGGGCUUAACACUCAAUCUCAAUGAGAACAACAGGAAUCAGCAGACAGCAGUCCCUCCUGCUGGAGAGAGUUUGCGAGCUCUGAGUCGUCAGGGCAGUGAGGUGUCCAAACACUCCACAGUGUGUGUGAGACCCGCGUGGGAAAUGGAGUCGGAGUUCAGGGACAGACUGACUUACACACACAGUGUAGCUCCACCACAGCGAGCUCCUCUGUACAGAGCAGACAGCGUGGAGUACCGAGGCCCAAGCGCCAGCCUGGACACAGGAAGUGACACAGUUCCUCCAACACCGGCCUUCCCCAUCUCACCACCUACGCCUUAUGUGAAGACCAUGCCGGAGUUUACGCACUUCUCCCAGACGCCAUCUCCGUCUCCUGCCACGCCCAUGUUCGGAGCCUUUAGGACGGAGCACGAUAUGAAAGCUUUCGCAGAUAUUAUGGGGCACGAGGAGAGCAGAGUGAACAUGUCUCACAGAGCCUUCACACACUCCCCGUCCACUGGAGGAGUGAUCACCCUUACAGAAAGCUCGGGUCAGUCCUCCUGCCCAGAGGGGCUGCUGCUCAGCCGCAAAACCUCCAUCAACACCCAACACUCCGGCCCCAUGGGCUACAACCAGAGCUCAACUCCAUCCCACCAUCCUCACCCACACCCUCACCCCGCCCCCAACGCCCACAGCUCACCAAGGGGCAUCCAGAGGACCCGAGUGGUGCAGUACACACUGAACCGCAGCCCUGCGGAGGAGCCUGACGGUCUGAGCUACGAGCCCCAGCAGCCCCCGCUUCCUGAAAAGAUGCACCCACCAGACUGCGAGCGCUCCUUAGGUUCCGCGUCCCCGGCACCGAGUGGGUUCUCCAGUCCGCACAGCGGGAGCUCGCUCUCUAUUCCCUUCCCUAACUCACUGCCUGAGCUGCAGGCCAGGAGCAACAGUAUCAGCCCUCUACCAGAUGUCCUGGUGAGCAAGCAGGUGACAGCAAAGUUCGUCCAGGACACUUCGAAAUACUGGUACAAACCAGACAUCGCACGGGAACAGGCCAUCGCAGUGCUGAAGGACAAAGAGCCCGGUUCCUUCAUCGUACGCGACAGCCAUUCAUUUAAAGGCGCCUACGGAUUGGCUAUGAAGGUGGCCACGCCCCCUCCGUCUGUGGUGCAGCAGAGUAAGAAGGGUGGUGAUAUGUCCAAUGAACUCGUCCGUCAUUUCCUGAUAGAGUGCACACCGAAAGGAGUUCGACUGAAGGGCUGUCCCAAUGAGCCUUACUUUGGGAGUCUGACUGCACUGGUCUGUCAGCACUCUAUCACGCCGCUGGCUCUGCCGUGUAAACUCAUCAUUCCAGACAGAGAUCCACUAGAGGACACUGUUGAGGCAUCACCGCAGUCCAUCAGCAACUCUGCAGCCGAGCUUCUGAAACAGGGAGCAGCGUGUAACGUGUGGUUCCUGGGCUCGGUGGAGAUGGAGUCUCUGACAGGUUACCACGCCGUGCAGAAAGCCACCACGGACCUGCUGAGCUCUGAGUCUGCUUCCUCUUCCACUGUAGUGCACUUCAAAGUGUCCUCACAGGGCAUCACGCUCACCGAUAACCAGAGGAAGCUGUUCUUCAGGAGACAUUACGCUGUCAACACUGUUAUAUUCUGCGCUUUGGACCCUCAGGACAGGAAAUGGAGACGGGAUGGAUAUCCAUCAGCUAAGAUAUUCGGGUUCAUAGCCCGGAAGACGGGCAGCGGCAUGGACAACGUGUGCCACCUGUUCGCCGAACACGACCCCGAGCAGCCGGCCAGCGCCAUCGUCAACUUCGUCUCCAAGGUCAUGAUCGGCUCGCAGAAGAACGUCUGAUCACAGCUCCCAGGAAAUCACCUCAAUUCCCUCUCCCUUUUUUAAUGCACCUGCUGUCGCCUAGUGAUGACAUCACAUGCACACAGAUGCAGACUCUCCAAACGUUAUGGUUCGUAUGAAAAGACUCGUAUCAGAGAGCUGAAGAGAGAGAACAAGCGUGUGGAGGUCUAUGCUGCUACUCAGCUUUAAGAUAAAAGUGUAUGCUGAUAUAAGUGUCCUGUAUAUUGUACAUGUAUGUAAUGGUAUCUAACCAAACCAUAUUUAUUGUCUUUUUUUUUUUUUUUUCAAUCACGUUUCCAGGAUAGAAACUUUACAUUGGUCUUAAGUGCGGGGAAUCAGUUUAAGUGUUCUCUAGCUUGUAUUGGAAGUGUACUACUGACCAUCUCCACAUGAACAGCGUAUAUAUAUAUAUAUAUAUAAAUAUAUAUAUAUAUACACUCACAGGACUAGGUAGUUUAGCUUUAUUUUUUUUAUAUAAAGAACUAUGUGUUUAAGGGCUAUAUGGAAUAAGCCACUAGUAUUUUUAACAUGACCAAAAAUUCUUUUAAAUAUAGAUGGUAGUUCAGGGGUUUUAGAUUUCUACUGUUUUAUUUUUUCCUGCCUUGUAGGGUUUUAUUUACAAAUUUCUAUCUUUCUUUCUUAAAUGUUAGAGUUUCAGUUUCAAUUAUUUUAUUUUUUUCUAAUGUGGCCAGUUGCUCAGGCUUUGGACCACUGAUGCCUAAAUUUUUUAACGUUUUAAAAAUGUAAAGACUUUUACAUAGCUGGUAGCUAUAUAUAUAUAUAUAUAUAUAUAUAUAUAUAUAUAUAUAUAUUUUUUUUUUUUUUUAUUGAAAUUUCUUUCAAAUUUAGUUUUUUUCUUGGAUACCUGAUGAUAUUUCUAGCUGAGCAUUUUGGUCACAAAUGCCUAUAUUUUCCAACACAAUCAGUAACCGAUGCAGCUGAGGGUCACUUUAAUCACAAAUUUCAUUUUUUUUAAUUAUUUCUAUUGUUUUAUUUUUGUCAGGGGAAACAAAUCCCCAGUGUUUUGCAUCAAGUGAGCUCGUUUUACUUCAGCUUAUUUUUGUCUAUGCAAGAUGUGUAUUAAAUACAGCCGAAAAUACAGCUGAAUGUUAGCUCACAACCUUGAGGUAUUUUUAAGGAUAUAAAAAAUCCUGUUUUUUUUUUUUGGUUUUUUUUAGAAAUCUUUUUGCCCGAAAACUGGACCGAUUUCUUAUUGUCUUCAAGUUUAUUUGAAUAAUAAGCAUAGUAAAAAAAAAAUACUGUAUUUUUCUAUGUCGAACUUAAUAUAUUCACUCUCCAGUGGCUCUGUGUUACAUUGAACAUGACCAGGUGACUUGUACUAAUGUGCCUUCUCACUCUGGCGGUGUGUGAUCUGUGAGCGGAACAGAUCUGAGUGUAUUCUGAUUGUAGUAUUACAGUGUUGCGUAUGUCAUCUGUUAUCAUGUAAAAGCUCAUGCUAGGUUCUUACACUCCCAUGCUAAAACAGAUCAAAAGCUAUUGUUUAUUUUUCACUGCUGCUUCGUUACAGGGAAGUGAACGAUGUGAUCGGAUGGGAGCAGACCGACAGAUAUAAAGACUGCGGACUCAUUGUGGCUUUUUCAGAUCAGUCCAUCUCUUAAUAAAGCUAAAGAUAUAUGA